AGUAUAAAUGGGGCUAGAAAUAAAAUGUAGAAUUCAAACUUAUUUCAAACUCUGAAUUGUUCGGUUGAUUUUUUAACCUCGUGAAAUGAAAUUCAAAAGUAUAUUCUGCUUUUGCUUAGCUCUUCUACCAUCAAUAAUCCAUGGCGAAUUCCGCAAGGAAACCAUCGAGCUUUUGGAUAGAAUUGCCACAAGUGGCGGCAAUAUCAGUAGCGUAUUCCAACCAUCAGUAAAUGGAUUUCUUGGCAGUGGAAUGUCUGGCGUUGUGUACAAAGGUGUAUUGAUUAAAACCAAUGCAACCGUAGCGAUGAAAUUCAUUCCAGAUGCUGACGAAGUAGUUGCUGAUGCCGAAUUUGCGAGCUACCGUACUCUGGGUGCUUAUGGCAACAGAUCCAGAAACAUAGAGGCAUAUGGAGUUCCAAAACUUCAUUACUACGGUAAAUGGAAUGGUUCUACACUCUUGGGCAUUUCAUUACUUGAUUCGGAAUUUGCAAAAAGAAGAGUGAGAGCUCGACUGACUGUAGGUGAUUUUUUGAUUUUAUUUCGAGAGUUGGUGAGAAUAUCAAAAUAUAUACACAGUCGUGGCAUUUGUCACGGAGACCUUCAUACGGACAAUAUAAUGUUUCGUAAUAACCAAGGAUUUGUCAUUGAUUAUGAGGGUUCCACCAAUAAAAAAGACGACCCCGAAGAAUUCGUUCUUGACGCACAACGAGAUUGGAGGAAAUUUCUUUCCGAUAUCUCUCCAUUGUUUGGUAUUCGAAUUAAUUGGGCUUCCUCAAGAAAUCCCAUUAAUCUAUACAAAAAUAUCCAACCAGAAGGCUUGAAGAGAGUUUUUUUGGAAUUUAUCAAGACAGCAUACGUAGAUAGGGAACUGAAUUACGAUAAAGUGUACAGAAUUAUCAAUCAAGAAAUCGCAAAGUACUUUGGACGUAGACCAGCUUUGGUUUCAUGGCUAACACCCGACCAACAGCGUGAGGCGAUUGCCGUUCAGAUACCACCCAUUGAAUCUAUACUUUUUCAAUAAUUUCAAUUUUUUUGUUUUUUUUUUUUGUCAUUUUUGCUUUUGAGUCUUAAAAUAAACUGUCAGCAUUGAUUCGAUUGCA